GUACAACGUCCAGGCUGUGAGAAUGCGAACGACUACAAAUGGAACCGACUUAUACUUUUGCACGUACGAGUGGUGGAUAUUUCACCAUAACAUGUGGCAAGCACAUAGACACUGGAUAGAAACACGUCCAAGCAAGACACACCUUGGAGAUAGACACAUAAUCCAAAUUGCCUAUCUUCAUGAAUAUAUUCUUCAAGACAAAUAUCUUAAUAUACAAUCACUCGACAGGGACGACUACCUCCAUCAUCGUCACGACAUCGGCAUCCCCACAAUCGGGGACACGAAUCUUGCCAUUCCGCAAACCCGGGCGUCGUUCACCAAGCUUGCUUGCCCCCCGAAGAAGCCAUCCCAUACCGAGUUCAAAAAAGAGUAUAGAAACAUAUUAACGCAACCUCCCCCUAGCGUCCGGGAGGAGGCCACGCCGGGGACCAGGGCAUCCAACACAACAAUCAAUGCCGAGAGAAAAAAGAAUAGCAAGUCAAAAAAAGUUGUCAUUGGACCACCCGGACCCCGGGGAGGUGUAUAUACCGACGCUUUAUACGCUAAUUCACGAAGAAGAAGAAAGAACAUACCCACCACCACUCCUUCUAUAUUUUCCCAUCAAGCCUCAAUCCUCACUCCCACAUUAUUUCAACUACUGACCCAUCUCACAGAACCAGGAGCGCGGCAGCCAUGAAGGCGGGGAGGCCGAACGCCACGGCGGCGUUGCGGCCCGCGGCGCCGACGACGACG